AUGCUGGGUUCCCUGGUGCUGUGGAGAACAGCGCUGGCGCCGCGUCUCCUCCUCCAGCUGCUCAGGUCCCCAUCGCUCCGGAGCCAUGGAGGUCCCUCUGGCCGGAGUGUGACCAUCGGGGGCUGCGGAGAGUCACAGUGGCUGAGUACAGCCAUUGGAGGGCGCCUUGGAACAUCGCUGGCCUUGCUCACCCGAGGAGGGGCAGCCACGAGGGGGCGCCAGAGAGGACGCACCGAGACCCAGUGCCUUGCAGCCGCCACAUGGGGACGCCUUCCUAGCCUGGAAGAAACACUCCCAGGACACGACAGCUGUAAUGGGGUCCCCAGCAGGGCCGGACUGGGCAUGUGGGCCCUGGCCACGGCGCUGGUGGUUCACUGUUACAGCAAGAACUCGUCCAACAAGGAUGCAGCCCUGAUGGAAGCUGCUCGUGCCAACAAUGUCCAAGAAGUCAGCAGGCUGUUGUCAGAAGGUGCAGAUGUCAACGCAAGGCACAAACUUGGCUGGACAGCACUCAUGGUGGCCGCCAUCAGCCGAAAUGACAGUGUGGUGCAGGUUCUGCUUGCUGCUGGUGCUGACCCAAACCUUGGGGACGAUUUCAGCAGUGUUUACAAAACCGCCAAGGAGCAGGGAAUUCAUUCUUUGGAAGUCCUGGUCACCCGAGAGGAUGACUUCAACAACCGGCUGAACAACCGCGCCAGCUUCAAGGGCUGCACAGCCCUGCACUACGCUGUCCUUGCCGACGACUACCGCACCGUCAAGGUGCUGCUUGAUGGAGGAGCCAACCCCCUACAGAGGAAUGAAAUGGGACACACACCCUUGGAUUACGCCAGAGAAGGGGAAGUGAUGAAGCUUCUAAGGACUUCUGAGGCCAAGUACCAGGAGAAGCAGCGGAAGCGUGAGGCUGAGGAGCGGCGCCGCUUCCCACUAGAGCAGCGGCUGAAGGAGCACAUCAUUGGCCAGGAGAGUGCCAUCGCCACAGUGGGUGCAGCGAUCCGGAGGAAGGAGAAUGGCUGGUACGAUGAAGAACACCCUCUGGUCUUCCUCUUCUUGGGAUCAUCUGGAAUAGGAAAAACAGAGCUGGCCAAGCAGACAGCCAAGUAUAUGCACAAAGAUGCCAAAAAGGGCUUCAUCAGGCUGGACAUGUCUGAGUUCCAGGAGCGGCAUGAGGUGGCCAAGUUUAUCGGGUCCCCACCAGGCUACAUUGGCCACGAGGAGGGUGGCCAGCUGACCAAGAAGCUGAAGCAGUGCCCCAAUGCCGUGGUGCUCUUUGAUGAGGUGGACAAGGCCCAUCCAGAUGUGCUUACCAUAAUGCUGCAGCUGUUUGAUGAGGGCCGGCUGACAGAUGGAAAAGGGAAGACCAUCGACUGCAAGGACGCCAUCUUCAUCAUGACCUCCAACGUGGCCAGCGACGAGAUCGCACAGCACGCACUGCAACUGAGGCAGGAAGCUUUGGAGAUGAGCCACAGCCGUAUCGCCGAGAACCUUGGGGAUGUCCAGAUUAAUGACAAGAUCACCAUCUCAAAGAACUUCAAGGAGAAUGUGAUCCGCCCCAUCUUGAAAGCUCACUUCCGGAGGGAUGAGUUUCUGGGACGAAUCAAUGAAAUCGUCUACUUCCUCCCCUUCUGCCACUCGGAGCUCAUCCAGCUAGUCAACAAGGAACUGAACUUCUGGGCCAAGCGAGCCAAGCAAAGGCACAACAUCACACUGCUCUGGGACCGCGAGGUGGCAGACGUGUUGGUCGACGGCUACAACGUGCACUAUGGAGCCCGCUCCAUCAAGCAUGAGGUAGAGCGCCGUGUGGUGAACCAGCUAGCGGCUGCCUAUGAGCAGGACCUACUGCCAGGGGGCUGUACACUGCGCAUCACUGUGGAGGACUCAGACAAGCAGCUGCUCAAGAGUCCUGAGCUGCCCUCACCCCAGGCUGAGAAGCGUCCACCCAAGCUGCGGCUGGAGAUCAUUGAUAAGGACAGCAAAACCCACAAACUGGACAUCCGGGCACCACUACACCCUGAGAAGGUGUGCCACACCCUCUAGCUACCUGCAUAUACGUGCCCUCAGCCUCCAAUAAAGGCCCCUCGGCUGUGGCAUCACUACUGACCUACCUUCCCCUCAUACCUCUCACUCCUCUCCACCCAGCCUAAGGCCUCUUACCUCCUCACAGCCCCUGCAAAACCCCUCCUUAGCUUCAGAGCCCAGAGCAGAAGUGUUGCCCACCCCUGGCCCCCUCGUUGUGGGUCCAAAACUUGCUAACAAGUCUCCAAGAGGGAGGUCCCUUGUCUCUGCCCUUCAGCAUGAUCCCCGUGCCCCAUAGUCUCUGGAACAUUGUCGUGUUCCCUGGAAGCUCAGAAGUAUGGCAGCUAAGAACAGAUCUGGCUGGAAGAAGACAGGGACCAGACUGACCCGCCACCCUCUGCUGGCUUCAUGCAACUGAGCCCCCAGAUUGUCUCCAUAGAGAGUAGAGAAAGAGUGCAGAGGCCUGGACAUAGAAGUUCUGCAGUUUAGGCUGUAGCUACCUCUUCCCCAUGCCCUAAAAUUCCAAGGGAAAGGGACCCAUAGAAUCCUUCCACUUCCCACUGCUAUAUCAUAGCUCCUGCUCCUCCUCACCCCAUGUUCUGAGCUCAGGCCAGCAUAGGACACCUCUAGGAGGAAGGCUGACUGGGCCACUCCACCAGCCUACUCUGGAACUGGACAGUAGUACCACAAGACCGAGCAAGUUAAGUUCUUUGGGGCCUCCUUCAGGGGACUAACAGCAUAGAUGUUGGGGAGCUGUAGGGAGAGAUAGGUGGCCAUGAAGUCUGCCUCAGCCCUGUCUCUACUGUCCCAGCUAAGUUAGCCUGGAAUAAGCAGCUCCCCCGUGCAGCCUCCAUGUUUUAACCUCAGCUUAGGAAGGCACAGCAAGGCCUGGUGCGUUCUUGGGCAGCAUCUGCAGUAGCUUCUACCGUGGAUAUCACCUCGUCACCUUCCCCCUGCAGGGCCGUUUUGGAACUCUUUUUCGGUGUUAGCUCAUCUGUUUCAGGAAGCAGAAGAUGGGGCAGUAUUCAAAGUCUGUUGGGUGAUGGAAGAAUGCCAUAAUAUGGUGGGUAUAAGGCAGUCAGCAGUCAGGGCGCGGGCUCCAGCAGAGGCUCCAGCAGUCACCAGCCGGCCCCUCAAGGAGCCGUGUCUGCUUUUCCCUACCUCAGUUGCGUCUAUUUUAUUUUUCUUCUUGUCUUGUAAUAAUGUGAGACUUACAGAAAGUUGCAAAAAUAGGAGAGUUCCCAUAAACCUUUCACCUAGCUUCUCCUAAUAUUAACAUCUUACAAAACCAUGGUAUAAUUAUUAAAAUCAGGAAAUUAAUAGUCCUACUAAUUAAUCUGUAGACAUUCAAAUUUGGCCAGUUGUCCCAUUGAUGUUCCUUUUCUGGUCCAGGAUCUAACCUAGGAUUCGCGGUGCAUUUUAUUGUCAUGUUUCCUUCCUCUCCUUCAGCAUGUGAUAGUUCCUCCAUCUUUCUUUGCCUUUCAUGACCUUGACACUUUUGAAAUGUCCAGGCUGGUUAUUUUGUGGAAUGUCCCUCACUUUGGGUUCAACUACUGUUUUUACAUGAUUAGAUUGAGAUUCUGCACUUUUGGCAGGACUGCCCCUGAUGCUGAUCCCUUCUCAGUGCCUCAUAGCAGGGGAUAAAGUUAACUUUGAUCACA